GUCGCGGUAGCGGUACACCAACAACAAAUCCUCCCUGGAGUCAGUUGGUAGGGAAACAGCAGCAACAAACAGGUGUUACAUGAACAAUGCUGAGCUCGGCUCAGAAGCGACAGCAAGAUUCUCAGGACUUUAAACGCUGCUACGAGUCUGCAUGUGCAGUCCAGGGUUUGGCUCCAGUGGCUGCGGUAAAAUCAGGACUUAAUCAAGGCGAGCUGGGCUUCAACCCAGAUGGCAUCAGUUUACCAGACUGGGCACCUAUACUUUCAGCCUUAGCCGUUAACAAACAGUUACACCAUGUUGGCAUUAGAAGCUGCUAUCUUGCCAGUCUUGGAUCUCAAGAUCCUUAUAAGUCAUCGCGCAAGAAAAAGACUCCUGUUAUCCAUUCCAAGAAUAUGACCUUUCAGCUCUGUAAAGCUGUGCAGAAGUGCCUGUGUGCCUCAAGCAGGCUGAAGUCGCUUCAUCUGAAUGAGCUGCCGUUAAGAGAAAGAGACCUGGACACGCUGACCAUGGGUUUGGCCAAGAGUGUUUCAUUGGAGCAUCUUUCUUUGGCACACUGUCCUAUCGGAGAUGACGGAUUGGAAACUGUCUGUCAAAGCGUCAAGUAUUCCACAUCAAUCAGAUCUGUGGACUUUACUGCAUGUAAUUUAACAUGGCGAGGUGCAGAACAUAUGGCAAACAUUAUAAAGCUUCAAGCUGUGAAGCGACACAGCACGGCAUGGGCGGAGACUUUGCGCUACAGGAAGGCGGAGUUUGAGACGAUGGGUGGACUGCGCAGGAUCACGCUCAAUGACAACAUCUUAAUCGCAGAUAGAGGAGUGAUGUCACUCGCACAGGAGCUCACAGAGGACCUGUGGGUCAAAGCCGUGGACCUGCAGCGCUGUGGCAUCUCUAAUGAAGGAGCUCAAGUGCUGGAGAAGAUGCUUCAAUGCAACACGACUCUGUGUGUACUGGACAUAAGAAGGAACCCACUAGUGGGCACUAACAUAGUGAAGGCGGUGAUUAAGAAGGUCUUGAUGAACACUAAAAGCCAGGACUCACAGCAGUAUCUUUGGUUGAAGCCUCCAGCUAAAGAUACACACGAGCACUCAGGAUUCAUGACGAGAAGGAACGCAGGAAGAGCUUCAUUCAGAAUCGGAUCCCGAAAGGCAUCUUCAGCAGUGUGUGGGUGGAGGCCUCCUCGGGCUGGCAGUGCUGGACAUAUUCCAUGGCGCACUGCAGCACGGGCCAAACUUCAGAGGGGUCUUCCGCCGGCUGCCAAAACAGUUGAUCAUAGUUUCCAGAAUGCCUCCUCUAUCCGAGUCACUCUGGAGUCGGAGAGCGAGUCAGAGGAAAAUGAGAACGCUUCUCAAAGUCAGUGUGCAGAGUCAGUGAGUCCUCGAGAGAACAUUGCUAGUGUUCAGUUCAGACGCCUGCAGGAAGAUUACAAGCGUCUACAGGAGGAGCUGAAGGAAUGCAGGCUCAGACUAACCGAGGAGAGAAAUGCAAGGCUGAAAGCCAGUUCUCGUCUGCUAGAGCUGGAGCUCGAAAAUGAUCGUCUGCGUAACAUAAAUCAGUCUCUGUCUGAAGCCCCUGUUAGUCGCUCUGUGCUGGAGGAUGACCAAGUUCUGGACAGCAUCGAGUCCUCCUUUCACAAAUUCCACGCUUUCCUCGAUCUGCUCAAAGAUGCUGGGUUGGGUCAGAUGGCGUCCAUGGCUGGCAUUGAGCAGGAAGACUUUGGGGUUUUGGGUCGUCCUCAGCUUUCCUCUACGCAGCAAAUGGGGCAGGGACACCAGAAGGAUGAGCACAUGAUGGGCGAUACUGCUAUCACUGAAAACCUUCAAAGAGCGUCAAGACUUCAGUCCAGCAGAUCCAACUCUGCAGCUUCUGCCGACUUCAAGAACUCUCAUCAGCUUCAGUUCCCCUCUAGUGUUCUCCACUCUCCAGCCAACCACUCCAAUCAUUCUCCUGCUCCUCUGGACCAGCCCAUGUCUCCUGAGCUACAGCGAAACGUCUAUCCAAACCACACAGACAGAGAUCCAGGUUCGGAUAAAGACCGGAACAGCCAAGCAUCGAAAUCAGGGAGUUCAGGCAGCAGUGUCCGUGUUAGCAUUCAUAGUCAGCUGUCCUAUUCUUACAAAGACGACUUUGAGGAAGGAAGGAUCUCUCCUUCUGUGAGCUCUAGGUCAUCCAGCCUCUCUCAGUUUGGAUGUGUUAGGCUCAGUGGCUCAGACGGGCAAAGGAGCGCUGCUGGGUUGGGUGGGUUUUAGAGGCGCCUUACAAUCUAUGAUCUGUGAUUUGCUCAGAAUGCUCAGUGCCAACACUCAAACAAAACCUUGUGGUCAUUACUGUACCAGUUCUCACCAGUCAUUUGAAUUUUUAGAUAGGAUACACUAUAUGGCCAAAAGUAUUUGGACACCUGGCUGUUUGUACAUCCCAUUUUAAAAACAAAUUGUAUUCAAAUAGAGUGAGCUCUAAAUGAGACCAUUUGUAUGGCUGAGCACUAAUGUUGGUCAAGAAAGCCUUAAUUGAUUUUCCAGUUUAUUUCUAAUGAGAUAUACAAAUUAAAGCUCUGCACUCUGGUGUCCCUAGUGGACAGCAUGCUUCUUUAUCACUUUAUCACCACAUUUGCAAAAAACUUCUAACUCCUAAGACUGAAUUGUGGUUAAAUUGUUCCCCUGCCUUAUAUAGACACAAAUACAUCAUUGGAUAAUUUCUCACUCUCUUUUUCUUUCUCUGUCAUUUUCCAAUUUGUUUUGUGAGCAUUUGUGAUAAACUGAUGUUACUCAUAUUUUACAUGUAAGCACAUGACACCCAACUUAAAAAAAAAAAAAGCAUUGUGAAUAUGUAGAUUGUAAGUGUACCAAAAUGGUCCAAAAUAGCUUUAGUACAGAGUGUACAAAAAACAGCAUGUCAGAACAGUGCUGGUGGCAUUGCUACCAUAGUCUUUUAUACUCUUUAGAGAUUUUUAUUUUCAUUUUGAAUCAGUGAACAAAUGAUUGAACAAAUGAGUUAAUCUAGACAUUAUUGAUAGUUUGUUCUUUCUUUUUAUGAUUUUUUAAUGUCAUGUUUCUAUGGAUGCUUGUUAAUUAUUUAGUAAGAAUCUUUUGCAGUUCUUGUGCUGUUAUGACAGGGUUUUGUUUACAUAUUUAGCACUUUUUACUGUUAAGAUUUGUACUGUUUAGGUUACUGUGAAAAUGUUUGAACUGCAAAAUUCUUGUAUUAGAAUAAAUGCAUAUUGAAAUCA